GCCCGCGCCCCGCCCCCAGCCCGCGGCCGCCGAGACCCAGGGCGCGAGGCGACGCGCGGCGGGAGCCGUUCCCCGACGGCAGCCGGGCGCUCGGCCGCCGUGUCUGGGCUGAGCGCCGCGACGCCGCGCCGGAAACCCUCCCGGGUCUUGAGGCGUAUGGAACCUCAAGGUCUUUAUGACAAUGGAAACCAAAAAAUUGAUUGGCAAACCGCUUCAACCUGCAAGACCUGUUCGUCAUCUCUCUUCUCCUCCAGGACCAGUGUUCCCUUUCAACUUUCAGAAUGAAUAUCCAUGCAACACUCAGUGCUUACAAAGUGGAGUUGGCAGAUGUAAGACGAAUGGAAUGCAAGCCUUUUCUCAAGGUCUUAAUGAGCAACAGCAACACCAGUCUCCAGUUAAAAAAGAGAGAAUUAAAUACAGCAGAGAUUUCUUGUUGAAGCUUUCAAGUGUUUCCAUCUGCAGAAAAAAACCAGACUUUCUGCCUGAUCAUCCCAUUGUACUUCAAAAACCAGAAAACAACCAAAGUUUUAAGUAGCAUUUUAAGAACAGAUGAAUUUGAAGAUAAAGAAUUAUUCAUUUUAUAUUUUGGACACCUGCAAAUGAAGUGGACCUAGUAACAAUAACUAAUGGACUCUGACGAUUCAAUUUAUUUUUACUUUUGAUGGUUGGCUAUUUGGCUUCUCAUAAAAGGAGAAAGAGAUAUUUUAAACUAUAAAGAAUUUUUCUAAUCAGUUUCAGCUUUUCAGGCAGUUCCUGCAAAAAUUGGGAAGUAACACUCGAAAGUGGGGAUGUUGUUGACGAAGUGGGAAGACUGUAUUAUAAUUUGCAUGCUACUUGCAAUUCUUGUUUUUCACCACUUGUAAUAAUGGAAUGGAAAUGUAAGCUGUAAAGAUUCUCAAAUAUAAAGUAUUUGCUACGAUGUA